AUGUCCAAAACUGCCGUCACUACAGCAGAGACAGUCAUCCUCCAGCCCCUCUCUCUGCCGGCCCCCAUAGCUUCCAUCCCGAGCCGAUCUUCUGAUCCAGAUGUUCUAGCUUCAUUCUCUGAGCAUUCGGUCCAUGACACCGAAUCGGCCUUGCCGCCUGAAACUGCCGUCUCCACGUCUCAGAGAUGGAAUGACCCUCCGAGGAACAAGUAUCGUGUGUUCUCAUGUUUCUUUACGUUCAUCGUGUAUGGCAUGAAUGAUGGCGCCCCAGGUGCCAUGGUGCCUCUCUUUGGAGAAUACUAUCAUCUGCCACACUCAAUUAUUUCUCUCAUAUUCCUCAGCCCCAUGAUAGGUUGCGUUCUCGCUUCUUUUACUUCAAAUCGUCUCCAUGCAGUGGCUGGAAGGCGCGGCGUUGCGGCUACUGCAACCGGUGCGUAUAUGCUUGCAUAUAUAGGGCUCUCGCAGCAUCCUCCCUUUGGUGUUGUCGUCUGUCUCUUGGUUUUGACGGGAUUUGGAAGCGGGUUGAUGAACGGGAGCUGGAACAGCUGGUUUGGAGGAUUAGUUCAAGGAAGUACAGUGCUGGGGUUUCUUCAUGGAUUUUGGGGUCUUGGUGCAACACUGGCACCUAUCCUGGUAUCCAGAAUUGUGGUCAAAGUGGAAGACUGGUGGAUCUUUUAUUGUAAGUGUCAGCGUAGAAAGGGCAUAGCUGGAUUAUCUUGUCUCGCCUGCAUAGGCGUCACUUCUUCGUUCUGGGAUGAUGUCGGCACAGGAUUCCGCCGACAGCCUGUCACACCGUUGCCUAACGCUCAGGGGACCAUCAAAAUCCUGAAGAAUCGUGUCACUUUAACGCUCUCUGCAUUCAUGGUCCUUUAUGUUGGAUCUGAAGUAACAAUUGGAGGCUGGCUCCUGACGUUCUUGAUGAACGUCCGUAAGGGUUCGCCUGCUGCGUCUUCGCUUGCUACUUCUGGAUUCUGGAUUGGCGUCACAGUCGGCCGUUUCUCAUUGGGCUGGAUCACCGGCUAUGUAGGCGAAAAGAUUAUGGUGUCUUUGUAUCUCAUCAUCGCAAUUGUUCUGGAGCUCGUUUUCUGGCUUGGCCAGAAGUUUGCAGUUAGUGCAGUUAUGGCUGCGCUGAUUGGGGUGUCAAUUGGAAUGAUUAUGCCAUCAGGAAUCCGGAUGAUGACCAAGCUGUUGCCGCCAGAAAAGCAUCUUGUUUCCGUAGGCUUUGCCACAGCCUUUGCAGUGUCCGGGUCAUCCAUCUUUCCUUUCGCAGCCGGUGCACUCGCACAGGUCUAUGGCGUACAAGUGCUUCAGCCCGUAGCAUUGGCAUUAUUUGGAUCACAGCUGUUGUUGUGGCUCUUUAUUUCAAGAGGAAAGCUCAAAGUUUAG